CACUGAUAGGUGGCAUGGAUGGGCACUAAUGAGGAGGCACUGGUUGGUGGCACGGAUGGGCAUUGACAGGCAUCACUGAAUGGGCACUGAGAGGCAGCAUGAUAGGCGGCACUGAUAAGCAGCACUGACGGGCACUGAUAGGCGACAGGCAGCUCAGAUGAGCACUGAUAUGUGGCAUUGAUGAGUACUAAGAGCUGGCACUGAUGGACACUGACAGGUGGCGCUGCUGGGGCUACACUGAUCAUCAGGGCUCUGAUGAUCUGUGUACAUGUCCCCUCCGAGGUAAUGCCGGAGCUGUCAGCGUGACAGCUCGUGGGGAGAGAAACGCCGAUAACCGGCAUUUCCCUGUUUACAUGUGAUCAGCUGUGAUUGGACA